GCAGAUUCAUUGCAAUUUACUACUGACUUUUUAUCUUCUUCAAGGAAAAAACUUGCCCAGCGCCUGCAGGAUGCUGAAGAGCACGUAGAAGCUGUGAAUUCCAAAUGUGCUUCCCUUGAGAAGACAAAGCAAAGGCUACAGAAUGAAGUGGAGGACCUGAUGAUUGAUGUGGAAAGGUCCAAUGCAGCCUGUGCAGCUCUAGAUAAGAAGCAGAAGAACUUUGAUAAGAUUCUGGCAGACUGGAAACAGAAAUUUGAAGAAGCCCAGUCUGAACUGGAAGCUUCCCAGAAGGAGUCUCGCUCUCUCAGCACAGAGCUCUUUAAGAUGAAGAAUGCUUAUGAAGAAUCCUUGGAUCACUUGGAAACCUUGAAGCGUGAGAACAAGAAUCUCCAACAGGAGAUUUCUGACCUCACGGAACAGAUCGCUGAGGGCGGAAAGGCUAUCCAUGAAUUGGAGAAAGUGAAGAAGCAGAUUGAGCAAGAGAAGUCUGAACUGCAGGCUUCUCUAGAGGAAGCUGAGGCCUCACUGGAACAUGAAGAAGGCAAAAUCCUGCGCAUCCAACUAGAGCUCAAUCAGGUGAAGGCUGAUAUUGACAGGAGAAUUGCAGAGAAAGAUGAAGAAAUUGAUCAGCUGAAGAGGAAUCAUCUGAGAGUAGUAGAGUCCAUGCAGAGCACACUAGAUGCUGAAGUCAGGAGCCGGAAUGAUGCCCUGAGAGUAAAGAAGAAGAUGGAGGGAGAUCUGAAUGAAAUGGAAAUCCAGCUGAGCCAUGCCAACCGCCAAGCUGCUGAGGCAUUAAAGAACCUCAGGAACACACAAGGGCAGCUUAAGGAUACACAACUGCACUUGGAUGAUGCUGUUCGGAGCCAGGAAGAUCUGAAGGAGCAAGUGGCCAUGGUUGAGCGCAGAGCUAACCUUAUGCAGGCUGAGAUUGAGGAGCUCCGUGCAGCUCUGGAACAGACAGAGAGGGGCAGGAAGAUUGCAGAACAGGAACUUCUGGAUGCCAGUGAGCGUGUGCAACUUCUUCACACACAGAAUACCAGCUUGAUCAACACCAAGAAGAAGCUUGAAACAGACAUUGCACAAAUCCAAGGUGAAGUGGAAGAGACUAUUCAAGAAGCUCGCAAUGCAGAAGACAAGGCCAAGAAGGCCAUCACUGAUGCGGCCAUGAUGGCUGAGGAACUCAAGAAGGAACAAGACACCAGUGCCCACCUGGAGAGGAUGAAGAAGAACUUGGAGCAGACCGUAAAGGACCUGCAACACCGUCUUGAUGAGGCAGAACAGCUGGCAAUGAAGGGUGGCAAGAAGCAGCUCCAGAAACUGGAGCACAGAGUACGUGAGCUGGAAGCUGAAGUUGAGAACGAGCAGAAGCGUGGUGCUGAUGCUAUCAAGGGUGUGCGCAAAUAUGAGAGGCGGGUCAAGGAGCUGACCUACCAGUCUGAGGAAGAUCGGAAGAAUGUUCUGAGGCUUCAGGAUCUGGUGGACAAACUGCAAAUGAAAGUGAAAGCUUAUAAGAGACAAUCUGAAGAAGCUGAGGAACAAUCCAACCUCAACCUCUCCAAAUACCGCAAGAUUCAGCAUGAGCUGGAAGAAGCUGAAGAGAGGGCUGACAUUGCAGAGUCACAGGUCAACAAACUGCGGGUGAAAUCCCGUGAUGCUGGAAAGGCAGUCAAAAGUGAAGAAUAAGCAUGUAUAGAAACUUCAAGGUGACUGAAGAAAUACACAAAAUGUGAAGCUCUUCAUCACUUUGAUGUGUAAUUAUUGUUUGUUCUGUCCUCGGUGUCUAGGAAAUAAAGACUGUAGAAACCUUUGCAUACAUA